AAACAAAUGACAAUGAUCGAUACAGUUGGAAGUUGGUACAUUAGAAACAAGUUAUUGAUGAGCUCAGUACAAGCAAAUAUAAGCUGAAACAAGCAGAGUAACAUAGCCUAUUUAAUUAAUAAUAUCAAUAAUAACCGAAGGCAUAAUAAUAAUCAAAAUGAGGUUUUUUGGAAGAAAGAAUUCAUCUAGAUUCUCCGGGUCUUCAACAGCUGAAGAAGUUACACAUGGAAUCGAUGGUUCCGGCCUUACUGCCAUUGUCACAGGAGCAUCAAGUGGCUUGGGUGCUGAAACAUCGCGUGUUCUUGCCUUACGUGGUGUUCAUGUUAUCAUGGCAAUUAGGAAUGUUGCUAAUGGAAAAGAAAUCAGGGCUAAAAUACUUAAUGAAGUUCCGAAUGCUAAAAUUGAUAUAAUGGAGUUGGAUUUGAGCUCAAUGGCAUCUGUAAGAAAAUUCGCAUCAGAUUACAAGUCCUCUAAUAAUCCCUUAAACAUCAUAAUAAACAAUGCAGGAGUGUGUGCACCCCCUAUUUCUCUCUCCGAAGACAACAUAGAACUGCAAUUCGCGACAAAUCACUUGGGUCAUUUCCUUCUAACACAUCUUUUGUUGGACACUAUGAAAAACACUGCACUAGAAAGUGGUAAGAAGGGGAGGAUUGUUAUUGUUUCUUCUAUAGCUCAUCGAUACGCAAUUCGUGGAGGAAUUUGUUUUGAUAGGCUAAACAAUUCACCAGGGUAUUUUGGUAGUUUCUUUGCAUAUUUCCAAUCAAAACUCGCCAACAAUUUGCAUGCUAAUGAGCUAGCAAGACGUUUCAAGAAUGACAAGGUUCAGAUAACUGCUAAUUCUCUUCAUCCUGGAGCAAUAUAUACAAAUAUUUUCCGAUACAAAAGCUUUUUAAACGGCAUUUUUCGUAUGGUUAGCAACUUUAUCUUCAAAGAUGUACAUCAAGGAGCAGCAACAACAUGUUAUGUGGCUGUGCAUCCAGAAGUGGAAGGCAUAAGUGGUGAAUAUUUCAGCGACUGUAAAAUAGCCAAGCCUUCAAAGUUAUCUCAAGAUAUCAAUUUGGCGCGGAAGUUGUGGGACUUUAGCAUGGAUUUGAUCAAAUAAUAAUGUGUGUUAUGAUCUUAUGGAUCACCCAACUUAAUUAAACAGUUGAACUGUGGCUCGACCUAUAUGGUUAUUAUUUUGGAGGCUGUCCCGAUCCAUCACUUUGAUAAAUAAAAUAUGUAAAUAAUUGUGGGUAUACAUUUAUUUACUUAUUUGCCCUCA